UACAUUUAUCUUUAUAAAGUUAACAUUUUAAAAGGGCAGCUCGGAUAUUCGAUCUUGCUAUCUUUCGGUUGCUAGUCCAGCACUCGUACCACUAGGCUACCUGACGCCCCGGCUCUCUGCCAUAACCUUUUAAAAGAUUAACUUUAUAAAGAUAAAUAGUAAUGGCGUCUUUUUGUAGGCUCUAACUUCGCCAUGGUUCGUCGUAUGGUUUUUGGAUAAACGCCAAAAAAGGUAUAUUGUAAACGCAGGUUUAGGAUAUUUUAUACGCUUUGUUCUAUGAGAUAAUCUAAGAGGGGUAUGCACGUCCCAAGGAUUCCGGAUAGCAAGGACCCUCAAAAAAAGGCCAUCAUCGCUAUAGGUUUUUGUUCCGACAAGCUGUUUACCUGGGGAAUGCUAUUUACGCGCACAGGAAGAGAUGUCAGCUGAUCAGUCGAAGGAAAUGUUUGAUGCUAGCAGAAUAAUUGUUGUCAGUUAUAAAAAAACGUGUAUUUGAUUUCAGUAUAUCGUUUCUCCAGUUUCUUAAUAGCUUGUAUUCAUUCUGGUACUUCAACAUAGAAAAAUGAGGUCGAGCGUUGCCUUCAAGCUGCUCUCUCUUGUUGGUUUGUUAUUGAUGUCAACACAGACGACGGAUGCGAAGAAUUCAGAGGAUAUCCGGUGUAAAUGUACCUGCCCACCAUACAGAGACAUCGAUGGACAGAUCUACAAACAAAAUGUAUCUCUAAAGGAUUGUAACUGCCUUCAUGUUGUGGAGCCAAUGCCAGUUGAUGGAAAGGAUGUAGAGGCGUACUGUCUGCGUUGUGAAUGCAAAUAUGAGGAGAGGAGUUCUGGAACUAUCAAGGUGACUAUCAUAAUCUACCUGUCCAUCCUGGGCCUGCUGUUCCUCUACAUGGUGUACCUGACCCUGCUGGAGCCCAUGCUGAAGAGGAGGCUCUUUGGACACUCACAGCUUCAGAAUGAUGAUGAUGUCGGAGACCAGCAGCCUUUCGCCAACGCCCACAACGUAUUGUCUCAUUCGGCCUCUCGCCCCAACAUGCUGAACAAAGUGGAGCACGCUCAGCAGCGCUGGCGGAGGCAGGUCCAGGAACAGAGGAAGUCUGUGUUUGACCGCCACGUGGUGCUCAGCUAAACCCAUCCCCAGGAAACAAAAACCCGGGGUGAAGCAAAAAAUGUUACUGUGACUGGGUGGUCCCCCUUUUUUUUCUUUUCUAUUUUGUCUGAUUCUUUCCCUAACUUCUGAGCUUCAUCGUUAUUGGUGUUUUGUUCCUCAACUGGACCUGUAUUUCAUGAAAUGUGAUCAUAUAGCUCUAUGUAUUCAGGAGGUGAUCGUAAAGGGUCUCUGCAUCAGUAGAUUGAAAUGGGGCGUUGCAUUUGAGACCUUUGGCUUAAGAUGAUGCUAGUGUCUGUAUGACUUAGUAUACUUUCUGAUUUAAUAAUAUUAAUAGAAAGUUAGAUGUUAGUUUGUUGCCCCCCCCCCCCCCCCCCCCCCAAAUCGAUGAUACGUGCCAUUUUGCACAAGCUGAUGAUGAUAUUUGGCUUCUGAUAAAGUAGAAACAAUGGGUGACAGUGCAUUCUUUUACAGUAAUAUUGGUAGCUUCUGAUAACAGUAAUGUUGGCCAAGUCAUUUGAGGGUAGAGUAAAUAACAAACAAAAAAUAUCAUACCAAAAUUAAUCACUCAAACUAAUGAAAACAUCUACAAUAAAUGUAACAUCUGCUUCCUAAACUACAGAAGAUGGGAAUGAGUUGGAAACAGUAAAAAUGUGUAACAUCAGUCUCUUGUCAAAAAGCAUGUUUUUAAGAAGUGAUGUAUAAACUUAUUUACAACCUUUUACCCUAAACAACAGUUGAUGUACAGAUGUAUGCAUUUUGUGGUGUGAACACUCCUGUAUCAUGUUCUCCUGUAAGGCUAAGUAUAAUGUAGCAAUUGGGAGACAUUUUGACAGUUAAUGACAGUUAUCAUCUGAUGGUACAUUUAAUGUAAACAUUAGUCCUCUCCUUUGAAUAUAUGUGUGUUACUGUAGUCAGAGCCCUCAGCUGUCACUGUCUAGAGUAGAUGUACACCAUCUCUGCACCUUGCUUGUUUUGUUUUCAGCUUCUUCUCCUCUCCAUUUAGAUACAUUUGACAUGAAUCAUACAUGAAUGAGAUCCUCCUUUAUUCAAACUUUAAAUAACUGUCAUUGUCUUUUGUUAGACAGUAUUGAUGCCACCAUCUGUCUUUUACACUGAUGAAAAACAUUAUUUAAUGAUCAUUUGGGAUAGCUAGGGUGGUUGUAAAGUGGGUAGAAAAUGCUACUAUUGGGUGACCUAAUGAAAGUGUUAACUCUUAUCUGUGAUAACAUCACAUUUGAAAUACAUUUCUGUAAUAUUUAUAAUGCUUUUGUUCAAUGCUGACAAUGUCAAAUUCCUAGACCAUCCUCCAGGAGUCGUGCUUCAAUAUAAAGGGUCAAAUACAUUAGCCAAAAUUGAUGAUCGCAUUGAUAGGCGCAAAAAAACAUAUUGCACUAAUGCAGACAUUGAUAGGCGCACAAAAUGGCAGGUACUCUACCUUAGGAGUUCUAUCAAUAUGAUCAUUUUAGUACGGGGCUUUGCUAUAUGCAUAGGGCGAUAAACAUCAAUGCUACAACUGAUGAGAAAUUUCAAUAACCAAUGGAUUUAAAUUAUAUUAAUGCAUUUAAAAUCCAUCGUUCAUAAUAUAGCCCAGAGGACACGAAAUCUGAACGAAAAUAAUCUAUUUCGCAAAUUCACCAUUGAACAAUAGAACACGGAGUAAAAUUACAGGAUAAAUUUGCAAAUAAAAUUGAUCUCUAAUGACAGUAUGUUGAUAUCAUACAAGACAAUAGUGAUCAUUUAUUUACUUUUCAAUGACUUUUGCAGAGCUGCCGUCAUCGUUUCCUGUUCUCUCCCCUUUUAUUUUUUUGUAUGCAUGCAGUCCGUUAUCCCGAAAAAAAGUAGGCUACACUCGGUGCAGAAAAUUCAGAUUUAAGGAUACUCGGCAAGAGAGCUACAUUUGCGUUGUCAAAGAAUGGAUUGUUGAAAAAUACUCCAAUAAGUGUAUAAAAGAUAAGGUAAGGAUCGUUUUAAUUUAUUCAUAAAGUAAACCCAUAUAUUGUAGUUUUAACUUAAUAUAAUGCAUUAACUGUUUUAUAAAACUGAUUCAUGCAUUUUCUGUUUUAUGAAACUUGCGUGGGCAAUAAUGCAGAACAUCAUAAAAAAUUACCACAAAAAAGGUUGACAUUUUUUACGUGAAUGACUUGCUGGUUUGAAUUAAUAACCUACGACCAUCAACAGUUUCCCCAAAAUUGUUUUAUUCAAUACAGUAACCUCAAAAUCAAGUGCUGUACUGUGAACAUAAACUAGGGGGCGCCUUAGGCUUUUUAUAGGAACUACCCUAAGUACCCAAUCUGGCAUCUUAACUGAAAUAAUAAUAUAUGAAUCUUUUGUACCAUUCUUACCAUUUGAAUAUCAGUCAAUUUGGGUGAAUUUUUUUUCUUUCUUUGCAGUAUGCUUUUAUUGAAGUAUUAAAAUGUUGCUUCAUGCCUGAGGGAAUGCAGGCUUCUGGACGAAAGUAAAAGUAUUAGAACUACUCUUUCACCUGAAACUCUUUCAAACUGAAUUAUUGCAUGUCCAAACAAAAAAAUACUCCAAGGUACUUCCUUUUAAUAGGACCCAUCCUGUGUUUUAAGGGCCAGGCUCUUAUCUGUCCCUCUUUGGUUAAUGACAGACGGAGAGGGUCUGUCUCCUCAAUCCAACCCUUCAGUGUCUCAGUGUCAGACAGUGGGAAUCGUUUCAAGGCUCAUAGAGGCUGCAUCCCUCCAGGAGAAGCUUCAGUCAGAACCUUCCCAAGGUUAGUCUGACCAUGGUCAGACUAACAUUAUGGCUGCUGUCUGGAAAAACCUUUCAAUGCCACUGAAAUGCAAGAUAAUAGAGUGUAUAGGUAGGUCCUUGCAGAGCAGUUACUCCCUGUGCUUGAAAUUGAUGAUGGGCUAUUUGGUAUGAUUUAUUCCUGUCUAUAACAGUACAAUGAUUUCCGAUGUUUAGAAUAUGAAUUAUUAGACAUCUCUUGAGUAAAUACUGUGGUUAAGGAGGGGCCCAUUCUCAGAAUAGAAAUCUCUUUCAUAAGGGAGAAUAAAUACUUCCAUGCUU